CACUGAGGAGGGGAACAGCUGACGUCUGUCACCGGAAUCGCUCCUACUAGCUAGCUGGUUGAAUGAGUUGCUCGCUCGAGCCGUAGUAUUCUGAAACAGACAUGGAAUGUUGACGUUUGCUGUGUUUAAAACGAAAAGAAAAAUCAAGUAAUUCAUAUACGAAGAUCCAAGUUAAUAUUUGCGUUGUGAGCCUGAUACAAUGAUGCGUUUCAUGUUGCUGUUCAGUCGGCAGGGGAAGCUGCGUCUCCAGAAGUGGUACACGGCCACGGCCGAGAGGGACAAGAAGAAGAUGGUGAGGGAGCUCAUGCAGGUGGUGCUGGCCCGCAAGCCCAAGAUGUGCAGCUUCCUGGAGUGGAGGGACCUCAAGAUUGUCUACAAGAGGUAUGCCAGUCUGUAUUUUUGCUGUGCGGUGGAGGAGCAGGACAACGAACUCAUCACUCUAGAGGUCAUCCACCGCUUCGUAGAGCUGCUGGAUAAGUACUUUGGCAGCGUAUGUGAGCUGGAUAUCAUCUUUAACUUUGAGAAGGCCUACUUUAUACUGGAUGAGUUUCUGAUGGGGGGGGAGAUCCAAGACACGUCCAAGAAGAGUGUUCUCAAGGCCAUCGAACAGGCCGACCUACUACAGGAGGAGGACGAGUCUCCGAGAAGUGUUCUAGAGGAGAUGGGCCUGGCGUAGUGACAGCAGGGUACUCUGAUCGCAGCACUUUUUAAUCAGGCAACAGACAGGCGAAGAGACGGAGGACUUUGGGUUCCAUGUGCAAAAGGGUGGAGGAAAGGGGGUUUGAUGUGGAGAGGGUUUUGGGGGAGGCUGGGAAGGGGGUAAGGGCUGGGGUGGAAUCUGUUAUCUAAGGUGUGUCUCAAGUGGCACCCUAUUCCCUACAUAGUACUCUAGGGCACUGGCCAAAAGAAGUGCACCUUUUUUUAAGUAACAAUAGGGUGUCAAUUGAAAUUCACACGUUGACGUUCGGGUACUGAAUUCCAGACAUUGCUGACAUUGUUGUGUAUUAUGAUGAUGAUGAUGAUGAUCCACACCCUAUUUAUAUUAGCUCUGUGAAAAUGGUGCCACUUUUGGCUGAAGGAUUUAGCUACUACUACUGUUGUAUGACCCAGACUUAGGAUCAAAUACUAUCUGAAAUUGUUCAAGUACUUCUAGCGUUUUGCUUUAGCCUGCACGGAGGCCAUUCUGUUGGUUUUGUUCUGCCAGGACGCUCAAGCAAGCUCAGUUUGAAGUAUUUGAAAUAGUAUUUGGUCCCCGCUCUGAUUUGACCUUGGAACUUUCCCUCGAGAGGCAGGUCAGAAUGCAUCUUAAUGCUUUUUAUUUUUUUUAGCAAGUGAUGAAAUAAAACAAACAUUUUCCCCAACAGAUUACGUUUUAUCAGAUUACAAUGUGUCCCAAAUUGCACCCUAUUCCCUAUAUAGUGCACUACUUUUGACCAGGACCCAUAGUGCGUUAACUUUCACCAGAGCCUUAUGUAGGGAAUAGGGUGCAAUUUGAAGGGGACAGGGAUUUGCUUUUAAAUUAAUGGUCGUCCAAUAUUUUGUAUAUGUACCACACGUUAUGAGAAUAAUAUAAUACGUUUGCUGUUUUUAAGGGACCACAUUGAUUGUCUGCAUUGGUGAGUUCUGUUGAACCCGUAGGAUAUGUUGUAGGGGUAUAAACAAAGAACACAUUCUUGCCCUUCCCAUUUAUGUCAAUCUGAAGAAUUAUUCUUCCCAAGUUCUGGUUCCAUCCAGAAUUCCAUAGAAUUUAGAAUUCUAUUUCUGUGUUCUAUUCUGCAACUGUUUUUUUCUCUCUCUCUCUCUCUCUCUCUCUCGAUUUCCUCCAUCUCUCAACCCCCUCGCUCUCUCGGGAGUAUCAAGCAAGUAACCUAUGGGGAAGUUUGAUGUGAUCUUUUAGCCUGUGUGUGGCUGUGCUAGCAUGAAUGUGUUUUAUGUGGAAAGGGCUCAAUGUCAUAGUAUGCAAUGUAGUGAUGAUGAUUCAGAUGAGACUAACCCAGGGCACAAAAAACAUAGGCAGAGAGGGAGAGUGUUGUUUUUGAGCAGCAACGUACAACAAAAGGCAAACCAACUACUUUGACAUACACGUGACUUUUUAAAUAAUGGACCUAGCUAACUACCAUUCCUAUAACAUCACACACAUUAAAUGUAGUACAUUUUACGCCGAUCAAAUACCCACUUUCCAAAGAGUAAUAAUGUUUGUGUCUGCAACAAGAGGGAAUAGACCAAUAGGAAUAAAGUGCAACUAGAAGAGAGUUUGGCUUCAGACUGUAGACAUGCCUUCUUAUUACAUGACUUUAGCUUUUUGAUUUAAAUAAGAUACGUUCCAACAUUUAUACUAGUGUACUACUUGCUAGUGUGCAUUCCCAAUACAUUGCUUCACUCCAAUUAGUAUCAAUACAUAGGCUACAUUCCGAUAUCCACACUAGCGUACCACUUAGGACACCAGGUAUUUAGUGCAGUUCUUUUGACCAGAGGCCCUAAAUAUGGAACAGGGUGCCGUUUGGGAUGAAGCCUUUGGAUGCAUGCCCAAUAUAUUGCUCCAUUCAAAGUGGUAUACUAGCAUGGUCAAUGGGACAGAACUAUUGCUUCAUUAUUAGUAGUGCACUAGUGUGGAUUAUUGGAACUGCACCGAAUAAGAAAUGAGGAGAUAUUUUGAUUCAUGUUUUUUCAGGGACUCCAAGAGUUGUGUGUGUAGGGUUUUAUUCAUUUGGGAUCCAGCAUGAGGGGUGGGUGGCAUGUGAUAAAUGACUAUUGAACUGCGGUCCAGUCAUGGCACCCUAUUCCUUUUAUAGUGUGCAAUCUUUGCUUUGACCAGGGUUCUGGUCAAAAGUAGUGCACUAUAAAGAGAGAAGGGUACCAUUUGGGACGCAGACAUAUUAUCAAAGGGAAUUGUGUGAAUGUAAUUUUAUAAUGAAAAUAAAAUGCCAUUAGAAAGGA